AUGAUUAUACCCGCAUGUGCGGAGAACCUUGGAGAUCUUUGUGAAGAUAUGGACGACAAGAUCAGUCAAUUACCUGAUGACUUGCUCUUGAAGGUACUAACGUUUCUUCCAACGAAAGUUGCCGUAAGCACAAGUAUUUUAUCUAAGCGAUGGGAGUUUCUUUGGAUGUGGUUGCCUAAACUUGAGUACGAUGAUAGCGAAUACUCGCCGGGAGAACGCUACAAAUUAUACUCCUUUAUUGAUUUGAGUCUGCCAUUACAUAAAGCUCCAGUCAUAGAAAGAUUACGUCUCAACUUUGACGUAUACGGCAGAUCAUACCGAGCCUACAGUAUCGAGAAGUUGGUUUUAAUUGCAGUGACUAGAUGCGUCCGUGAGUUAAGUGUCACACUUGUAUCUAUGCCUUAUAAAUUUGCUAGAUUACCGAGUAAUUUGUUUACCUGUAAAUCGCUGGUGAUCUUGGAACUUACAGGCCCGAUUUUCGUGAAUGUUCCUCGUAUGGUUUAUCUCCCCUCCCUGAAAUUUUUGAUCCUUGGAUGUAUGGUCUACUCAAAUGAAAAAUCUCUUCACCAACUUCUUUCUCAUUGCCCUGUUCUUGAGGAUCUAGUUCUGGAACGUAAUGAUGAAGACAAUAAUAGUCCAUUUACAUUGAGUGUAAUUGUCCCGUCCCUGCAGAGACUAACCCUAAAGAUAUCUAGAGGAUAUCAUUUUGAAGGGCUUGUGAUAAACACUCCUUCUUUGAUGUAUUUCAAAAUUCUGGAUUAUUUAGAAGAAUAUGCACGUGAUGAUAAUAGUAAUUACUCGUACUAUUUUGAAGAUACGCCUAAGUUGGAGGAGGCAGAUAUUGAAUCGACAUACCCUGAUAUCAACAAGUUUGUUAGAUCGAUCAGAUCUGUUAAGAGGCUUUCAUUAUGCAUUAGAGUCAAUGCUGAUGAGGAGGCUUUAUAUCAUGAGGGUAUUGUAUUUGACCAGCUUCAGCAUCUAAAGCUAUGUUCAUGUGGUCCAAAUUGGUCAAAAUUACUUGUCCGGUUACUCAAAGAUUCUCCUUUGUUACGAGACCUUGAGAUCUAUCUGAAUGAAGAUCAUACAUCUUCUAGAGUGGAUGCACCGGUUUCCUGGCAGAAUCAACUGGAUUGUGUGCCUACAUGUUUAUUGGCAAGUCUUGAAACUUUCAAGUGGACAGGUGUAUGUGGAUCACAAGAAGAGAUAGAUCUGGUGAAAUAUAUCUUGAGAAAUGCUCGGUGCUUAAAGGUUGCUAAAAUCUUGUUUGGGCCAUCGUUUUGUCAGCAAGAAGAGGAGAAACUUGAGAUGGCAAAACAAGAUUUGUCACUUUCUUUCAGAGGUUCAAAAACAUGCCAAAUCGUAUUUGUUUGACGUAUUUGAUAUGCAUUUUAUGUAGACAUAUAUCUAUAUUCCCAUUGCCAGAUAUUGUUUUUCCAACUUGGACAAAUAGUAUAUGAAUUUUGAAGAAACAUUAAAGUUCUCCUUCCCUUAUUCAUCUUAAAAACUGAUAAAUUUUGUUUAAGAUGAUAAACUCAUCCGUCCAUCUGAGCAUGCUUCUUAACACGGCUUUUGAACUGCCUAGAUCUGCUCUUGUGCCUUGAGAUAACUUAUGUUCUCCCUUGCCCCUUGUCAUAUCUAAACCACGCUUGAACUGGAUUUCAAUCCUCUUGUUUGCUGAAAGCUCCCCUCCUCCGGGAAUAAUCUUUUGGUCUGCCGGGUUUAUCUGCAACUCUUGCAAUGCCAGCUGAAAUUCGGGAACCAUGUGACAACACAUAAGCUGCUCCCAGCUUGAAGCAUCGAAAAGAGUCUUCCAAGGGAAAAGAAUAGUGUGGACAGACGCAUCACAAGGAUGUCAAGCAUCGAGAAGGUUUUACUCAUUGAUAAUUACGUCCAUAAGAAAAUAACGCUUAAAGAGUUCUUGAGGCACAGAACAAGGUACAAAGAGGAAUCUGUUGGUGAUUUCGAUAAUCAACCUGCAUUGAAGUCUCCCUCGCCUUAAGCGAAGAAGAUGGCACCUAGAAAGGAGAAAAAAAAUGAACAGAUAUCAACAUUUAGAGUUCAAGAUUGUGAGAGAGACAACAAUAUCUUGUAACGUGGAGCAAAACUAAGUCAGAACUUUGCUGUUUGAAUACAAAGGGUUUCUCUGUCGGCAUGCUUUGAUGAUUCCGCAGAUGUGCGGUUUCGCCAGCAUCCAGCCUCAUAUAUUUUGAAAAGGUGGACUAAAGAUGCUGAGAGUGGAGCAUUGGCUGGUGAAGGAUCAAACAUUCUUCUUAUCGCAUGGAUCUCCCACAUUGAGCAUUGAUGAUAAGUUAGAAGCAAGACAGUUCUUCAAUUUUGUCAUCUCUGCUCACUGGGACACCGAGUUUCCAUACGUCAACACUGUUCCCAGAAACUCCACCAUCCACGAUUUCUAUGGCUUUCCUGAUCCCAUGUAUAAGACUCUCCCUCUUCCUCUUUCUUACAAAGAAAAAACCCUAACCUUUGUCUGAACCUGAUUCUAAUAUGGAUAAGGUUCUGUCCUAAACCGUACCCAUAUAGCUGAUCGUUGAAAAGAUUCAUCAAUUUUCAAUUUGGUGUCAAUUACAUCAAAAGUUUCAAUCUUUGUGGUCAACUGGAUCAAAAGUCUCAAUUUUUACAUAAUGGGUCAGUUUUGAUUCUUGCAGCUGAAGUAUAAAGCACCAGGAGCUAAAUGAACUGGGGAAAAAGGUUAAAGAGUUGCUAAUGGGAGGAGGAGGAAUGAAGCGUGUUGAUGAAGAUACAGAGAGAGGACUUGAUUGUGGAGCUUGGCUGAAAUGUUGUGUAUAACUGACUAAUUUGGGUUAUGAGGCAUUAGUCACAGAAGCAUUUAUGUAACAUUUCACAUUUGAAACACAAAAUGUCGAUGAUGAAUCUGGUCAGAAAUCGAUUAAGUGUGAUUGGAAAUUUCUGUUCUUAAGUUUAAAACGGACAUUUAUAUUAUAGAUUUCUUAAUAUAUACUUCUUCCAUUUCAUAAUAUAUGGUUUUUCAAAAUAUAUGAUUGUUGAAAUUUCUACGCUAAUUUUAACUUUAUUAAAAAUUGUUCAACCAAUUUCAUUUUACAAUAUUUUUAUGAUUGUUGGAUUAUUUUUAAUAUAUACUAUGACUGAUGUUUCCUUUUAAAGUAUGUUUUUUAAUCUUUGUGUUUUUAGGCAUAAUCUUUUUUUAAAUAUUUGUAUUUUUAGGCAUAACUUCUUCUUUUACAUCAAAAAAUUAUCUUAUAUAUUAAAACAGAAGUCACGAUCUUGAUUCAUGUGUGAUUUUUUUUAAAAUGGACCUAUUACUAGAAAGUCAUGUUACAUUUAUCAUAUUAAUUGUUUUGUCAUUUAUUUUCAAAUUAAUGUCACCUAAAAUCUCACAUUAUCAACUCAUCUUUUAUUAAUCGUGAUGAUUUCUUUUUACUAUAUAAAAAAUCAAUGACAUGUGUCUCAUAGACCAGAUUUAUUAUGAAUGACCAUACAUUUAAUGUUACUAAAAGUAUACAUUAGUUCAUAAAUUUAUGAUAGUCUUAUUUCAUAUGUCUCUGUCGUUUUCAUUAAAUACUUAAUCGUGUACUAUAUUUAACCAUAUACAGAUAAACGUAUCUCAUGGCCAUAACUUCUAUGACAAUGCUUGACCAAACUAACUUUGUUACUAACAGUGUUUUAUUUUUAGUAAACAUGCUUCAAUGAUAUUUGAGUUAGGAUGCUCUUUGAAUUUAUUGUUGCACUUGUGUUAGUCUUAUUUGAGUUAUUGUUCUCUUUGUAUUAUAUGAUCUUUAAUUUUUAUAUACUGAAACACAGACAUCAUUUGGAGAAGAUGAAGUUAGCUGUAUUCAAAAUAAUAAAACAUCAAAUACGGGUAUAUUCAUUUAACAGCAACAAUAUUUGUUGUUUGUUACAAAAAUCAUAUCUAAAUGGUAUAAUCCUAUAAUUCUGUUACUGUAACAUUAUUGGAAAACAAUCAGCAUAAUAUCAAAGAAAAAAUCUAUUCCAAUAUUAAAUAAUAUAAUUCAAAAAGUUACUAAAUUCAAAUUACGGGUAUAUUAUUUGCCCGCAACUAUAUUGGUCGUAGAUUUAAAAAUUUCACUAAACUUAAAUUGAUGGAGUCUUCCGGUAGUUACUAGAAAAUAGUUUCAUCUCACCAUGAAUUUCUAUGUAUAUUAUAUCAUGAAAUUUUUUUAAUUUAACAUAUUAAAAACAGAUAUCAGUGUUUUUAGUUUAAUAUUCAAUCGUAAUAAUAUUCAAAUAUUAGUGUAGAUUAAUAUUUUAAUAUGUUCAUAAAUACAAAUAAAAUUACUAAAUAAUAAAAUAUUUAUUUAUAUUACUUAUAAUUUUAAUUAAAAAAUUACAGGUAAUAUUCUAUUUCAAUAAAAGAAUAUAAAUACAAAUAAUAUUUAAAUUUGUUGAACUUUGCAUAUAUUAGUGAGAAAAUCUAAUAAGAUAAAUAUAUAAGUCACAAUUACAUGUAAUAGUUCAAAAAAUUUAAUUGAAUA